AUGACGACGACAGUUGCCGCGAACACUCCUCUGGCGGAUGCCUUGAGCAAUGUCAUCCCACCCAAGCUGGUUGAAAUGGGCUGGAGUUCCGAUGGAGGUGACGACUCGGCUUUGACCGAGUACGUGAUCCUCAUGCUCGUCAACGGCAAGACCCAAGAACAGAUCGCCGGUGAACUCUCCAACGACCUCCUCGGACUCGGAGAAGGCGACACGCAAGCACUGGACUUUUCGAGAUGGUUAUUCGAGCAAGUCGAAUUGCUCAACCGACAGAUCAACGGCGGCGCAACAUCGAAUGACACCGCGGAGCAUGCCUUUCCCUCCGCUGCUGAUCAGCAGGCGCCUUCGCAUGAUUACGCUGCGGGAGGCGGUGCGAUGGAUGCUGAUAUGAGCAUGGGCGACGCAGGUUCUGGCAGUGAUGCAAUGUUAGUUCCCUCACCCUCACGUCAUGGGUCAGCGGACCAAGUUAACAGCAAGAACAACAGCCCGACAGGACCUAAAGCGAUGCGCAACAACCGCCAAGGUGGAGGACGGGGCAGAAUGCUCAAUCAAAUCAACCGUACCCUGGACCGAAAUGACCCUCUGCACCGGAUUCGUGGUGGCCAAGGCGGCGCCGGCCGCAUUAACUCCCAUGGACGCGACCACAAGGGCCGCUUCAACCAGAAUGGCGGGAACCGGAUGGGUGGCCGUCAAAUGGGUGGAAUGGGCAUGGGCCCGAAUCCGAUGGGCGUCCCCGGCAAUAUGAUGAACAUGAGCCCACAGGAUCAGAUGCAUCUGAUGUCUCUCCUCGAGGAACAGGCGAGAAUGAUGUCCCAGUUCAUGCCCGGAUUUGUCCCUCCAGCGAUCAACCCCGCUUUCCAGCAGAAUGGCCCGCAACAAGGCCGCUCGUUAUUUGACCGCGUAGAACGACACCCGGGCCGUCGGCAACAUGGUGGCUUUGGUCGUCGGGAGGAGAAGGCAGACACGGAGAUGGAUAUGAAACCCGACCAGGGCGCGGGCGAGCAAGACGAGAGCAAUACCAACAAUGUGUGCCGGUUCAAUCUGCGGUGUACCAGAAGGGAUUGUCCCUUUGCGCACCAGUCGCCCGCGGCCCCCGAGGGUACUCCGGUCGAUGUCAACGAUGAAUGUCCCUACGGGGCCGCGUGUAAGAACCGGAAGUGCACUGGUCGUCAUCCUUCGCCUUCCGUGAAGACCGCACAUCAGGCCGAAGAAAUGUGCAAGUUCUUCCCGAACUGCGCCAACCCAAAUUGCCAUUUUAAGCAUCCGUCCAUGCCGCUGUGCCGCAACGGAGCGGAUUGCUCGGUGUCCGGGUGCAAAUUCACUCAUAUCCAAACGGCGUGCAAGUUCAACCCAUGUCUCAACCCUACCUGCCCCUACAAACACGCCGAGGGUCAACGGGGCGCAUUCCCAGACAAAGUCUGGACGGCGGACGGACAGAAGCCUCAUGUGAGCGAGCGGAAGUUCGUGUCUGAGGAUGGUGCUGAGGAGGAAUUGAUCAAGCCCGGUGCUACUCCAGAUGGUUCCGCCCAGAACCAGGAAAUUGCGACAUGA